AUGCGUCAGUACUACUUUUUCCUACUGCUCCUUGCCAUUCUAAGAUGUACAGAGGGAGAUAUCAUCAACAAACCCAUUUUCAUUCACGCAAUUGAUAAGGGUGGCACCAUAUCUCGACACCUAAAGGGAGGUGAGACCGUGACACAUAUUACAACUGAUACCAAGGAGGAAGAAGAGAGGAUGCCAUCUCUGACGGGUAUCGCCAAAGAAACUGGUGCGGCCAAGUUUAUGGAAACGAAUUCAGUCAAGUUUGCCGAAACAAGCAAGAAAAUCGACCUCAAGGAGCCAGGGGCAUUGAGAAAAUUCCUUGGAAGAUUCCGGGCUAUUGAUAUCACGGGCGAUAAAAAAGGAAUGCUAGUCGCGUAUAGCAUUCUGAUCAUAGCACUUGUUGCAAUUCUCAUGCUCGGAUAUAGUAUUCAAAAGCAUAACCAAGAGACUUACGUCCACUAG